CUGCAGAGGCACUGCAGCGAAAGACUGCAGAGAGAGGAGAGAGAGAGCGAGAGAGAGAAAGAGAGAGAGUGAGCGAGAGAGAGUGACAGAGAGAAAGAGAGACAGAGGAAGAGAAAGGAACAGUGUGUCUGUGACGGAGAGAUAUAGAGAGAGAGAGAGAGAAAGAGAGAGAGAGCUACACUCUCACACCUCACACAGACCACGGAAGGGGGGAGUGGAACAGAACGCGCUUCUGUGAGUGUGUGUGUGUGUGUUUGUGUGUACGCGUGUGUGUGUGAGUGCGCGCACAUGCGUGGCCGCUGGGUAGAGGAUCAUCGGCACAAGAGGCAACGGUGAGAGAGGAAAGGGACUGAUCGCAGAUGCACCAGCAGCACUGACGUUGAGAGACGGAGAGAGAAGGAAACGAAGUCGCACGGAACAGAGAGAGAGAGAGAGAGAGAGAGAGAGAGCGUGGGACAGAGAAAAAAAGAAGAAGAAGAGGCAGUGGCCAAGGAAUUGAAGUUGAAGAGGUCUUGUGUAGAAAGAAGAAAGACAGAGAGAGAGAGAGAGAGAGCGAGAGAGAGAGAGAGAGCAGAACAGAAAAGAAGAGAGGAAUGAGAAGCAGCUCGGACACAGGUUGCCGCUGGAGAGAGUCCACUGCCGUCCACCUUAUUACACAACAGCUCGGCCAGCGCAGCCUGCGCGGAGGGAUGGGAAGGGAGCCACGCGGCGACAGACGGGAGAAGAAAGACCCCGUGUGACCAGCAGACGAGCAGGGAGAGGCUGCCGCGGCAAACGCCACAGCACGCAGGAGCACGGGAGAGAACACGAGAGAAGAGAGGAGUACAGGAACGACAGAGCAGAGAGACAGUGGAAGGAGAGAGAGAGAGAAAGGAAGAAAGCACAGCGCAGCGCAGCUCCGUUAUAGAGGCUGUGACGCACUCCGCUCUCCUCCAUCUUCACCUCGACGUUCCUCCGUCAUAUCUUUCUACCUACCGACCGGCUCCCUCCGCCCCCCCUACACAGACAGCGAAGCAUCCUCUCCCCUCCGCCAAAAAAAUCUCCUCCAUCAUCUCCUCUCUUGCUCGCUCGGUCUCUUGUGCAAUAGUACCAAGUACCACCUCCCCUCGUUCCUGCGUAAGACGGACAAGGGUGCCAAGUCAACACGUCCUAACUCAACACAAAAUGUUGCCAAUGCUGUGAAACAAGCAGGACUUCAUAUCUACAUGAGCAGCACUCAGCAGAUCCCUUGCCAAGGAUAAAAAAAAAAAAAGAAACAGAUACCAGCUACCUAAGAGGCACCAGGAGUAGGAGGAACCUGAAACUGAUGGAGACCAGGGCACAGAGAAGGACGCAAUAACGGGAUAACAGGUGAAGACACAGGCAAUACUACCUACAAGCGAGUGACCAUCUAAAGUAUUACAGGGAGGAGGACGAUGACAGUGAUGCUGAAGAUGAGACAAGGCUACUGAGGGACCUAUUAUCUCACCCCAGACUCUCGGUUGGACAGUCUGGCCCCCUACACACACACACACACACACACGUCAGACUCUCCCUCCUCUCCAGCCCUUCACCACUGGCCUGCUCAGAGAACCACUCCAAGAACUUUCCAUCACCUAGCGAGUCACCUCUAAAAAAAGACCCCUCUUAUCGAGAGAGUGGGCAAGGUCAGGAGUUAAGAGGACCUGGCUAUCUUCACCAGAGACGCAGACCUCUCACGAGUAUCUGCACUGGCUUCUGUUUUAAGGUCACCGACCCGACAUUGCGGUUUCGCUUCAGAACAGGAAGGAAGCUCUUUAGACUGACUUCAACCAUCAGACUAAAUUUGUGUUGUAAGCCUUAGAACCUCUUGCAGUGUUCUGAUGAAGUUUCCUUACUACUUAGAGCCAUGAUAUGUGUCUUGUAAAAAAGUACUUGUACAUAAUCAGCAGAACAUAUCUGUAUCAGUACUGGAGACAUAUCCUGUCUUUAUUGUUAAAGCAUUAGGUGCUGUAAUUGUGUUAAGCAAUUUGUCGUUGAGGAGUAUAUCAUAGAUAUUAUCUUGUACUGUACACAAAAGCGUCCUUGAUAUACAUCUAAUCAAUUAAGGACUUACAGCAAAACAAAACAACAGGAUAAAAGUAAAAUUGCCAACCAUCAUUAAGCUACUGGAUUAAGGACAAGCCUGAGCCGGACUGAACCAUCUGGUGCUCACCUGGACUGUACCAUUUUGAACUAUUUGAGCUGAGUAACAGUGGGGUUUACUAUCGAAGGGUCUUUUGGGGGCGCUGGCGUUCCCCCUUCACCUUACCACUCCACCGCAGCAACAACACAUCACAGCUGGCAGUCGGGGGCAUCCACGGGGGGUAACCAUGGAAACAACCGUCCGUCCCCAUGUCCCCUCUAAUGGCUGAGUUAGCCACGACAGCCCCACCCCCGUUCCCCCAACUCCGCAACUGAAAGACCAACUACUGGGAAAGGCAUCACAACAGCUGAUCUGAAAGUCAGCCCCUCCGGAGUGCGAUCAGUAGGAGCUACAAAUAGACUUGCUCUACUCCACACACCCCCUUACACCCCCCCCCCCGCCCCCACUCCAAGUCUCUUGGUGACUCACCGCUUUGGAAACGGAUGUCUUGCCUUAGGCGGCAGCCCGUCGCCAUCCCCAUGGAUACCGUCAAGAUCAUCCAGUCGGAGAAGUUCCCGCGCGAGUGCACCGUGCCCGUGACGCAGCCCCGCUUCGCCCCGCCGCCCCGCGUGGCCUGGGACGGCGGCGGCCGCGGCGGCAGCAGCUGCAUCGUCAGCAGCCACGAGGGCGAGGUCAUCGUCAACCAGGCCUGCAGCGACCUCGCCCUGGAGCUCACCAAACCGCCGCCGCUGCCGCCGACCCUCCAGCUGCCGCCCCCGCCGAGCCAGACGCCGCCGCCGCCUUUGCGGCCCCUGGUGUCCCCCCCGCCCCACGCGCUGAUGCGGCGCGAGCUGAGCGCCGGCCCCGGCGGCGGCGGCGUCUUCCUGUCGCAGCGCAAGAGCAGCCUGGCCGCCAGCGUCGUCGGAGGCCCCACCGAGAUCUGCUACCACCAGUUCCACUACAAGAUGGACGACGUCAUCGUCAACCAGUACGUGCUGCGCUCGGGCUCCACGUCCUCGGGCUCCUCGUCCACCUCGUCGGGCUCGUCGGUGUGCUCGGGCCCCGCCAUGCCGUCGUGCGAGCCGCUCAACUGCCCCACGUGCGGCCACGUGUACAACUUCGCCGGCAAGCGGCCGCGGAUCCUCUCCUGCCUGCACUCGGUGUGCGAGGAGUGCCUGCAGAUCCUCUACGAGUCCUGCCCCAAGUACAAGUUCAUCUCGUGCCCGACGUGCCGCCGCGAGACCGUGCUCUUCACCGACUACGGCCUGGCCGCGCUGGCCAUCAACACCAGCAUCCUGAGCCGCCUGCCGCCGGACCCGGCCGGCACCGUGCAGUGGGGCGGCGACGCCGACCGCAGCUGCUACCAGACGGUGCGGCAGUACUGCCAGUCGGCGUGCACCUGCCACCUCACCAACCCCCUCUCGUCCUGCGGGAUCAUGUAGGAAAAUCGCCGUCGUCACCGGUGGCGGCGGUGGGUGAACGAGUACAAAGGCGCGCGAGAGAGAGAGAGACAGAGACAGAGACAGACAGAGACGGAGGGAUGGAGGGAAGGAUGAAUGAAGCGAUGGAGCGAAAGAGGGUAGAUUUAUGGGAUGUGGGGAUUGCGAGGGUUGAGAUGGGUGAUAAAAGCCUGACUUCCUGGACGAUAGCCACCCCCUUCCCACCCUCCCCUACCACCCAAAACUCCUCCAUAUAGACCCUGUAUCUACCAAAACAAAUGCUCCUUCUCACACAUACAACACACAUACACAAACACACACACACACACACAUACACACACACACACACACACACACACACAUAUACACACGCACAAACUCUCACUGUCCUUGCCAGUAUACACAAUGAAAAAGCUGAAGUCAUUCUACACAGAUGUAUCUAUAUAUGUAAUAGCACAUGAAGUGACUGUUAGCAGAAGGGAGCGAUAUCAAGCUGGACACUUAUCAGAGUAACAGGGAGAGUGAAAACAGAGUAAAAAAAUAAACAGAAUAUCAGAUAAAUGUAUUUUAUGUAUGGACUCAGAAAAAACAAAACCAAGAAAAAAAAAAACCCAUUCCUGUUCUUUCAGUCCCCCUUGUUUGGAUGUGUUUGUCAUCUUUCAACAUGGGAAUGCCAAAGGGGCUCUCUACCCCCCAUCCUCUCCUACCCAUCCCAAAUCCUAGUUCAAAAAUAAAUAAAGCAUAAAAUAACAGAA